GGUAUUUUGAUAAACACUUGGGAGGAUCUAGAGCCCACUACCCUUGCCUCACUGCGAAACGACGACUUCUUCGGUCGCAGGGUCAUUCAGGGAGACAUUCUAGCAAUUGGUCCGUUGGUUCGACGUCCAACCAAACCAUCGGACGCAACAAGCCGGGAGUUGUUCUCCUGGCUAGAUAAGCAACCCAAUGAGUCGGUGGUUUACGUUUGUUUCGGCAGUGGUGGGAACCUCUCAACCUUUCAACAAAUCGAGCUAGCUCAUGGGCUGGAACAUAGCCAGCAACGGUUCGUUUGGGUGGUCCGCCAGCCCACUGGUGUAAAGGACUCGGCCUUCUUCAGUUCUGGAAAGUCUGAGGAUGAUAUCGCUAGCUACUAUGGCCUCCCUGAGGGUUUCCUAGAGAGAACGCGACACGUGGGGUUGGUGGUCCCAGAAUGGGCGCCACAGUCGGAGGUUUUGAACCAUGCGGCAGUGGGAGGGUUUGUGUGCCACGGUGGAUGGAACUCAACGUUGGAGAGCAUUCGGAGCGGGGUGGCGAUGAUGAUGUGGCCGCUAUACGCAGAGCAGAGGAUGAAUGCGACGAUGGUGGCGGAGGAGCUCCAGCUAGCGUCGAGGACCGAAACGAUGCCUUGGAGGGUAGUAGUCGGGAGGGACGAGGUGAAAGGGAUGAUCAGGGAAGUUAUGGUGGGUGAAAAAGGGGAAGGGAUAAGGGAGAGGGUGAAAGCAGCUCAACGCAGUGGGGAGAAGGCAUUAGAAGAAGGUGUUGGGUCAUCUUAUAAAGCUUUGGAAAUGGUGGUUAAGAAGUCCUGUUAA